CACCAACGCAUUGUAAAUUCAUUAACCGAACAAGUGCGCUGCAAGACACUGCAUUCCCACAAAAUAAAUUUCGUCAAUCAAAAAUAAUUCGGUAGCAAAGUGAACACAGUCAGGAUGUCGCGGAUUAGCUGGAUACCGUUAUUCGCGUGUGCAGUACUUUACAUGCAAUCAGCAACGGCGCAAAAAGCACUGGACUUUGAGCGCUGCCGCUACGGUGAUUCGGUGUGCCACACAAAGAUUACCAACGAACUGAUAAAAAAGUACGGCGCAACUGGUGUGCGUUCACUACAUAUCCCGCCCUUCGAUCCAUUGCGUAUUAAAUCGCUUGUAUUGCCGCCGAAUCCAAAAGCUCUCAUAAAUGCACGCUUGUCCUUCACAAAUGUCGACAUAACUGGUUUGACGAAUGCACAAAACAUCAAAGUCGAAGGCUUCACACGCGAUGUCACAAGUCCGAUAUCACUGUCAUGCACCGUCCCGAAAGCGAGAUUUAGCGGUGCCUAUGAAGGCGAAGGCAAAAUUCUUGGCGCGAAUUUCCAAGGCAAAGGAAAUUGCGUAAUAGAGCUAUCUGAUAUAAACCUCACUAGCAAAAUAGAUGCCAAAUUAGUGCAGAAAAGCGGCAAGAAUUACUUAGUCAUCAAUAAUGUAUCAUUGGUUAUGUCGAAACCGAAAAAUGUGCGUUACCAACUUGAUGGACUCUACCAUGGCAACCCGGAAUUGAGCGCAACAGCGAACGAUUUCCUCAAUGGCAAUGCGGAUGAAAUAUUCGAAGGCAUGCGUCCGGAUAUGCAAGAGAUUUUUGCAGUGGUCCUACAUGAAUACAUGACAAAAUGUUUUAAUGAAUGGCCAUACGAUGAUCUUUUUCUGCCCGAGUAAAAUAAGAGUAUUAAUAAUUAUGAUGUAAUUAAUAUUUUUUAUGCGUGUAAAUACAACAGCAAUAAAGCAGAGAAUGAAAAGACAAAAUUAA